AGCAACCGUUGACCAGUAGCCGGAGCGUUGUCAUCGCAUUUGGACGCAUUUAAAUUUAAUUACCUUUCGUUUUUACGCAGCAAAACCUGAAUUAUUUUGUGAAAACCAUUUAAAGAAAAUAUUUUGCGGGAACAUUAAAUAAAUUUCCGAAAAUUUAUUUGAAAAAAAUUUAAAAAAAAUUUAAUCGGAAUUUUUUAUUUGAUAACUUUUUCGAAAAUUUGUUAACUCGGUUGCAACCGCUGCAACAUGUUGUGGAAGGAUGUGUUCGAUCAACAUAAUAAUGUCGGCGGUAGUAAAUUGUUGCUAUCGCCUUGGCAAGUUUUUACCUUAAUUAUUAUAGGGUGGUCCGCAGCUACCGGAAAAUGUGAAGUCGGUACCUUCGAAAAACUAGUUAUGCCCGACACUUACGUGAAUCCCAGCGCAUCAGCAACGCCACAAGGCCGUUCCUAUGCGCCACGUUCUUACUACGACGCCGGCACCGAAUGCACAGUCGGCACAGAGUGUACUCCGCUACACGAUUGCACGGCGAUGAUCUACGAAGUGGCCAAACGCUGUUACUACGGUGAUAAAUCGUUAUUUUGCGGCGGCGGUGAAGAAAUGCCCUACGUCUGUUGUCCUAGUAGUCCGCUUGAGAAGAAUCAAGUGUGCGGCAAGUCGCUGGUGCAAGGACACUUUUAUCGCGGGCUCGGCACGCAUCCGUUCGUGGCGCGUGUUGGUUUCAAACAUAUUAAUACGGGCGCUUUUGCAUAUCCCUGCGCGGGCUCGGUCAUCGCCAGACGCGUCAUUUUAACAGCCGCUCAUUGCGCUUUAGCCAAGGCGGAAGGACAUCGUCUCUCUUCCGUGCGUGUGGGCGAAUACGACACGUCCAGCGAUCCGGAUUGCGCGAGCACUGGAUUUUGUGCGCCUCGCUCGGUCAAUCACGCGAUUAGCCAUGUGAUCGUGCAUCCAGACUAUAAACAGGGCCAGUAUCAUCAUGAUAUCGCUUUGUUGGUGCUGAAAACGCCACUCAACUAUUCAGUCGCAACACAACCGAUUUGCCUGCAAAAGUCACGCGCCAAUUUGGUGGUGGGUAAGCGCGCCACAAUCGCCGGUUGGGGCAAGAUGUCUACCUCCAGCACGCGUCAACCGGAAAUGGCGCAUUUGGAUGUGCCGCUGACCAGUUGGGAUCUUUGUUUGCGUAAUUACGGCUCGACUGGCGCGCUGGAAUCGCCCAAUUCAAUUGAAGGACAGUGGAUGUGCGCUGGCGGUGAGGGUAAGGAUGUGUGUCAGGGAUUUGGCGGAGCGCCACUGUUUAUACAGGAAAACGGCAUAUACUCACAGAUCGGCAUAAUGUCUUUCGGCUCGGAUAAUUGUGGUGGCUUGCGCAUACCGAGUGUUUACACGUCUGUGGCUCACUUUGCCGAAUGGAUACACGACAAUACGCCGCCGGAAUAAAUUUUCACAAUUUUGUGUUCAUUUUUUGAAAAUAUAUUGAAGAUUUUUAAAUUGCAAUUUUGACGAUGUGAUUUUGUGUUUAAAAUUUCGAAUUUUUAUUUAUUUUAUUAAUUAAGUUUGUAUCGAUAAUGAAUAUGCAUUAUUUAUUCAUAUAAAAUAAGGUGUAUUAGCCAAUAAAUUGUUUGUGAAAAAUUA